AUGUCUGACAGGCUCACGCGUGUUGCCAUCGUCUCGGACGACAAGUGCAAGCCCAAGAAAUGUCGCCAGGAGUGCAAGCGCUCGUGCCCCGUGGUCAAGAUGGGCAAGCUGUGUAUCGAGGUGACGCCCGCCGACAAGAAGGCCUUCAUCUCCGAGGAGCUGUGUAUCGGUUGCGGUAUCUGCGUCAAGAAGUGCCCAUUUGAGGCCAUCUCGAUUCUCAACCUCCCAACCAACUUGAGCACGCACGUCACCCACCGCUACGCCGCCAACGCGUUCAAGCUCCACCGUCUGCCUACGCCCCGCCCCGGUCAGGUCCUCGGUCUCGUCGGCACCAACGGUAUCGGCAAGUCGACGGCGCUCAAGGUGCUCUCGGGCAAGCUCAAGCCCAACCUCGGCCGUUACGAUGACCCUCCCGAGUGGACCGAGAUCAUCAAGUAUUUCCGUGGCUCGGACCUGCAGAACUUCUUCACCAAGGUGCUUGAGGAUGACAUCAAGGCCGUUACCAAGCCGCAGUAUGUCGACCAGAUCCCGCGCUCCAUCAAGGUCCCCAACAUGACCGUUGGCAAGAUGUUCGACAGGCAGUCGGAGAUGGACAACCGUAAUCAGCUUGAGGAGGACCUCGAGCUCAAGCACCUUCAGGCGCGUGAGGUGUCGCAGCUCUCGGGUGGAGAGCUCCAGCGUUUCGCAAUCGCCAUCGCUUCGGUUAGAAAGGCCGACGUGUACAUGUUCGACGAGCCUUCGUCGUACCUCGACAUUCGUCAGCGUCUCGCCGCCGCGCGUGUGAUCCGUGGCCUUGUCCAGCCCAAGAACUACAUCAUUGUCGUCGAGCACGACCUUUCCACCCUCGACUACCUCUCCGACUUUAUCUGCGUCUUCUACGGUGUCCCUGGUGUCUACGGUGUUGUUACCCUCCCUUACUCGGUGCGCGAGGGCAUCAACAUCUUCCUGGACGGUAUGAUUCCCACGGAGAACAUGCGCUUCCGUGAGGAGUCGCUCACGUUCCGCAUCGCCGAGACGGCUGACGAGAACUUGGCGCCCAACGUCCGCACUCUUACCUACCCCAACAUGACCAAGACGCUCGGCGACUUCAAGCUGCACGUCAAGUCGGGCCAGUUCUCUGACUCGGAGAUCAUUGUUCUCCUCGGCGAGAACGGUAUGGGCAAGACGACGCUCGUCCAGCUCCUCGGCGGCAAGCUCAAGCCCGACAACGAGGCUGACCAGGUCUCGCUCCGUGUCUCGAUGAAGCCCCAGACGAUUUCGCCCAAGUUCCCCGGCUCGGUGCGCAUGCUCCUGCUCAAGCGUAUCAAGGCCAUGUUCAUGCACCCCCAGUUCAACUCGGACGUCAUCAAGCCCAUGAACCUCGAGGGCAUCAUCGACCAGGACGUGCAGACGCUCUCGGGUGGUGAGCUGCAGCGUGUCGCCAUCUGUCUCGUGCUCGGUGUGCCCGCCGACGUGCUCCUUAUCGACGAGCCCUCUGCCUACCUCGACUCGGAGCAGCGUAUUCACGCGUCCAAGGUCAUCAAGAAGUUUGUCAUGUCAUCGAAGCGUACCGCCUUCAUUGUCGAGCACGACUUUAUCAUGGCCACCUACCUCGCCGACAAGGUCAUUGUCUUCGAGGGUUCGCCGGGUAAGGAGUCGUGGGCUGGCGAGCCCGAGGGUCUCCUCACCGGUAUGAACAAGUUCCUCAAGUCGCUCGACAUUACCUUCCGAAGGGACCCCACAAACUAUCGCCCGCGUAUUAACAAGAACCACUCGGUGCUCGACCACGAGCAGAAGUCGUCGGGCAACUACUUCUUCGUCGAGUCCGACUAA